CACAAAAACACACAUGCAAAAAUAAGGCGCGACUCCUUUAAGAGCUGUCAAGUAAUACCACGCUGGAACCUUGGCCCCGCCCUUUUCACCUAAAUAGGCGGGGACUAGGCGCUUGACGGGCAGGUAACUUUCCAUUCGGACCCACGUGGUUACGCAAGCCUCCUGCCGCAAGGCUCCCCAUGCCCCGCCCCGCCGCCCGGGAUAGGCUAGGAGCCCUCAUUCGGCUCCGCCCCUCUGCAGUGUUUGGACAGCGUUGGGAGGUGGGCCACGCCCCUUCUCCUCUUAACUCCAGCUAGGCUGUCCGGGCUUGUAAGCUUCGCCGGUUGGCCGCGGAUCAGAGUCCGGUAGUGGCCGUAUCCAUGCAGUGAGGGAGAAAAACCCGGCAGGCCGGUGAAAAUGAUACUCUGCCCCGCUAGCACGGAACAUCCCCGCGGAAAACAGUGCCAUAGGCUGCAGCUGGAAUGUACCCUUGAACUCUCAUAAUGCUUCUUGGUUUUCUGGAUGGAGGAUAUAGAGGAUAUUGAGGAUUUGGUAGCAAAGAUGAGUGCUGGUGACAAAGAGCGGACUUCCCACUUGCUCUUUGUGAAAGCCCUGGCUAGCCGCGGGUGCCUCGAAGCCAUAAGCCAACAGAUGGGAUAUCAUCCGCAAUACCUGGACAGUUUCCUCCGGAUGCAACACUACCUACUGCACAUGGAUGGGCCGCUGCCAUUCUACUGCCGCCACUACAUCGCCAUCAUGGCAGCUGCCCGGCACCGGUGUCGAUACUUAGUGAAUCUACAUGCACUGCAGUUCCUGAGGGUGGGUGGUGACCCUCUGUGGCUGAGAGGCUUAGACUACAUCCCCCCGAAACUGUACAGACUCAGUGAGAUUAACAAGAUCCUGGCACACCAGCCAUGGCUCAUUGGCAAGGAGCACUUCGAGAAGCUGCUGAAGAUCAGGGAGCAGAGCUGGUCCCUGGCGGAACUGGUCCAUGCUGUUGUGCUCCUUGCCCACUACCAUGCACUGGCCAGUUUUGCCUUUGGAUGUGGCUGUGAACAAGACUUCCCGCCAGAUGGCUUGCUGAAGCUGACACUGCCGGGGAGCCUGUGCUUUUGUGAAGUCAACAAUGGCUGCAGCCAGGAUGUGUUUCAUCUCAACCACAAGAAGUCUAUGGAUUCCUGUGCGGAGCUGGAGUCUCUACGAGAGCGCAUUCACAAGCUGAAAGUGGAGAAUGAGGCACGGGAGGAGAUGAGAACGCCUGAGAGGGAAGAAGCUUGCAAUGGUGAAAUCUCGGGCACUGCAGACAUCUCUUGCUUCAUUGAAGACCCCAGUUUUGGGUACCAGGACUUUGCUCAGCUUAAUGAGAACCAACCACAGAUAUUCUGUGUGCAGGAUUACUCCUGGGCAGACCACGGCUUCUCACUGGUGAACAGGUUGUACAGUGACAUCGGGUUUCUACUAGAUGACAAGUUCCAGAAGGUCCACAGGCUCCAGAGCUGUGCGCUGGCAAAGCGGCAGGGCUGUGACCCAGCCACGUUCAAGCGUGGCGUGUGGAACUACAUCCACUCCAUGUUUGGCAUCAGGUAUGAUGAUUACGACUACUCAGAAGUGAACCAGCUCCUGGAACGGAUACUCAAACUCUACAUAAAAACUGUGACUUGCACCCCAGAGAAGUUGGAUCAGGAGACGUUCACGCACUUUUGGAAGCAGUUCAAGCACAGUGAAAAGGUCCACAUGAACCUUCUCAUCCUGGAAGCCCGGCUGCAGGCAGAGUUGCUCUAUGCCCUCCGAGCCAUCACUCAGUACAUGGUCUCCUAGAGGGCUGCAGGCAAGCACCCCCUGGACUCGGACUCAUGCACCAUGCCAUUUCAGCGACUUCAGUUACUUGAUAGCUUUCCCUUCCCCUCUUGAGAUGUGAAGAGGAAGAUGCGCCUUUCCUCCCAGCGGUCCUCUGUUGUCUUGUGCAGUUGCUGAGCUCUGAGGACCUGGGAGAAAGUAUUGGGUCAGGUGGCUGGCUGCAUGCAAAAGUGUUUUCUAUCCAACAGCAUUUGGAGCCAUUUCUGUCCACACCCCUACUGCAGGCAGGUGUGUGCUGCAGAGGGUGUGGAAAGCCACGUGGUGGCUAGAUGUUUUUAAUGGGGGUGGGUGGGGUCGUCAUUGCAAUUCAUUGUUGGUCCAGUUGUAGCAGCUCUUACUGAGUUUCUGGCGUCCUUUACAGUAUUAGAGGACCCUUUCCUUACCUUGUGCCAUUCCUGCUGCUCAUAAUUGUGCCAAUGUCUUAGCCCACUUUGGGUCUUGGAUGUUCUGUCAGUUGGGGUGGUCAGUGGCUUUAAGCCAAACUUGUGGAAAAGAUAAGUUCCUGGACUAUGAGGGAAGGACUUUCUUGCUUCCUACUGGUCCAGGGGGGAGGAGGUCUACAGCAGCCUUCUUUAACCUGGCAUGCCCGCUGAAUGUUUGCUGUACUACAACUCCCAUCAUUCCUGACUGCUGGCCAUAUUUGCAAGGGCUGAUGGGAGUUGGAGUCUAACAAUGGUGGGAAAGCACCAGGUAGGCCUGCAGUGCUUCUUCCAGUGAGAGAAUUCCACUCCAUUACUCUUUCUAGAGUUGCCCUCAAUGGUCAUUUCCUGGCCUCCACUUCUGCCGUCUUUUAUAUUCCCAAAGUUGUACCCCCUACCAGUUUUUCAGCCUGCCUCCCGGCCACUCCAGCUUGUCCCAAUUGCUUCCCCUUCCUGAUGUCUGAUUUCAUGGCUGCAUAGAAAGAGGGCUGUGACCCCCCAGCACCUUCUGGCUUUGGUUGUAGCAAAGCUACACAGAUUCCACAGAAUUCCCACCUUGCACUGCUUAACACUUUCAAUCACCGCCCAAGGUGGGUUUCCUCCAAUAUGUAUCCCCUUGUUUUUUACCCCCUCCCAAGGAGCACAGUCUGAUGCUGGGAGCUGGUUCUGGGUGGGUCUCCCUGUAAUCUAUAAAUGCUCUUGCUAAGAUUUCCCCACCACCGAGGUAGGAGGGCUGGAGUCCCGUUAUAAUGCUGGCAAAUGCCACUCUGAAAACACAGCAAACCCACUCUCCUUACUGGCACAAGGCACUACAGUCACCCUUUAUUUGGGCAGUUGUGCAUGCUUGUUAUAUAUGUGGAGCACUGUACACAUCCUGCACCUUUUGGGAGACACUCACUUUGUGCAAGGCAGGAUGGUGGGGAGUUUGUGGUGGAGAGAUGCUGGUGGGGACCAUUAAGAGCUGAAGACAUCAGGGAGGUCAGGAGCUGGCUCAGUGCACACAGCGGCAGCUGACCUGUUUACUGUGUAAAUGAUUUUUUUGUGGGGGGGGGGACAGAACAUCAUGUGGGAAAGAGAGUAAAAGCCUAUUUUUGCUAUAAAUAUACUUGUUCGACACUGCA